AUGGAGAGCGCCGUGCUCGCCUGCGAGGCGCCAACCGCCGGCGCCAGCGCCCACGCUGCCGCGGCGCCUGGAGCGGGAGGGGAUGGAGGAGCCGGGGACGUGGUGAUGCUGAGGCGGUCGGCCCUCGCGGCGUGCCUCACGUGCCCGCUCUGCGGCCGCCUCUUCCGUGACGCCGCCACCAUCACUGAGUGCCUCCACACCUGUGAGUAA